AGAGGGGAGGGGGGAGUUUCAACAACAGCUCGGUCCAAUCACAAGUCGCAAAGCAGGGAAAAGGGGCCGAGCAAAGGGAGAAAAAAGUGGAGAAAAGAAGAAAGAGCGAGCCAGCCCGAGAGCUCAAGCUGAGGGGGAUGUGUAAAAGGAGAAGAAGCGUUGCUAAUGUUUUUUGUUUGUUUGCUUUUCCAUGCAUGCAUAAUGAGGCCUGAUCAGAGCACGCUGCUGCUGCUUGGAGGGCACUUUUGUAUUUAAAGCCUCGCGAAAGAAAACAGCUCCCCAGAAGGAUCCGCAGAGAGAACCGCUUGCAGGGCUUAUCGGCAAGAGACGCUGCAUCGCGGGAAACGGAAAGGAAGCUGCCCGAGCCCGCUGCCUUUUUCUCAUGCUGCCUUCUGCUUGCCAAAGAGGGACGGAGGCUCGCGGCGCGCAAUCGGAGCCCAGCCGGGGCUGCGGCUGGCGAAGGAGAGGCUCCUACCACGAUUUGGCAUGUGCAGCAAUGCUGCCCGCCGAGCGCUGAAAGCGAAGAAAGAAGAUCGGCAUGAGAAGGAGCAAAGCUGCAGCAGCUCCACGAGCUCAGCAGGGAGCCCGUCGCUCCCCAGCCCCAGGCUUCACUGACCGUCUCACGGCCUCCCCAGCCCGGGUGUAGGGGCGGAGGCUAUUGAGCCGCAGGAAGAAAACGCCACCGCUUUCUUGCUGAGGCAGACUCCCAGGCCGAGAAGGCGCCGCGCGGAUGGAUUGAUGAGGGGGACCCUCAUGCACACACUUGGCAGGACUUUGGUCAACUUUCCCACCAGCAGCUGCUGCACCGCUUCCAUCAUCAUCAUCAUCAUCACCGCCGCCGCCUCCUCGUUCGCCUCCCACCCCCGAUUGCCCCGCAGCCGCCCGCGAUGGUGGCAGCCUGGCGUGGAGGAGGAGGACGGGGCCGGCGGAUCGCGCUGCUCCCGGUGCCGGGUGCCUUGGUGCUGAGGUGGCUGCUGUUGCUGCUUCUGAGCACCGCUUCCCUGCCGCCACUGGCGCAAGGCCGGCGCCUGAUCUGCUGGCAGGCGAUGCUGCAAUGCCAGGAGGAGCCUGACUGCGGCUACGCUUACAACCAGUACACCGAGGCGUGCGCGCCGGUGUUCAUGUCCGUGGGGGAUGGCUCUGCCGCCGCAGCCGCGGCGUCCUCCUCCAAUCGGCGGCGGUGCCCCAGCCACUGCAUCUCGGCGCUCAUCCAGCUCAACCACACCAGGCGGGGCCCAGCGCUGGAGGACUGCGAUUGCGACCAGGAUGAGAACUGCCGGGCCACCAAGCGCGCCAUCGAGCCGUGCUUGCCUCGGACCAGUGGCAGUGGCGGCGGCUCAGGGGGAGGAGGCGGGGCUGGCGGCGCCGGCGGCGGCGGAGUGAUCGGCUGCACGGAGGCGCGGCGGCGCUGCGACUGGGACAGCCGGUGCAGCGUGGCGCUGAACCGCUACAUGACCUACUGCGGGAAACUCUUCAACGGGAUGCGCUGCACCGAGGAGUGCCGCGCCGUCAUCGAGGACAUGCUGGCUGUGCCCAAGGCGCUGCUCCUCAACGACUGCGUGUGCGACGGGGUCGAGCGCCCCAUCUGCGAGUCGGUCAAAGAGAACAUGGCCCGCCUCUGCUUCGGAGCCGACGCCGGCGUCAACGGCGCGGGCAGCAGCGGCGCCUCGGACGGCGCCCUCGACGACUACUAUGAGGAGGACUACGAAGACGAGCCCGGCCGAGGGGGCGAGCUCGACGAGGUUGCGGCUGUGGCCGGCAUUGAACCCGACCCAAACAGCGGAUACCAGCUCCGCGCUGCUCCUUGGCUUUCCCUCUCGGCCUCCUCCAUUUUGCUGUUGCUGCUGCUCUCGUAGCCGUUCCCCCCCAGUCGGUCUUAAGGGGCGCUCGUGGAGUGGUUAGGCUUGGGUGGAGGGAGGGAGCCACAUGGCCCUGGCGGCGUAGAAAGGGGUUUGCCGUAGUUCAGGGGCUCCGGAAAGGAGACCCUCGCACAGACAGGCGGCCCUUGCUGGUGCUGGACAAGUCAAGGGAUUUCUCUCUCCCCCCCCCUCCCCCUGUAUGUAACAUAAUGAAAUGCACCUCUUUUCCUCUCCCCCACCCCGCCACUGUACCUUAUUUUAAAGCAGUUGUGCCUUACUCCAGGAUGGAUCUGCCGCUUCCAUAGAGCAAACAGUCCAAUAUGCCUUCUCAUUGGAUUGGGCUACCUUAGUUUUCCCAUUGGACACCCCCUGCAUUGCCUGACUACUUAAGUGCAAGUUUGUUACGCAUAUCCGUGCCAUGGAUCCUGACUGGCUAAUUUCUUUGUCUUUCCUACCUUCUGUAUAAUUCUUUAUCUCCCUUCACAAUAUCUGGGCAUCUCCCCCCCCCCCGCCACACACACACUUUCAAAAUGAUAUUUGAAAGGAAUGGUAUUCUACUGGACUGCUUUUUAUUUUUAUUUUAAAAUAGAUUAGCCACUCUCCUAAAUUACAGUCCUAUACUGUGGAAUUUGUUAAUGGGC